CUCUAGUCGCAGUUAACCGGGCGUGCGGUUGCCAGGAGAGACGCGCGUAUAGUGUAGCUGAACGGCAGAGCGGCACGGGCUCUCCCCCCCGCCAUUUCUUCUGUCUCGAGCCCUGGAAUGUCGAGUAGCAGCUCGAGCUCUUCCUCGCGGAAGGAGUUCGACGUGAAGCAGAUCCUCAGGAUCCGAUGGAGGUGGUUCGGUCACCCCGCGGUCCCUGCGCCUCACUCCCCGCCGCUAGGAGACUACUUCGCCGGGAGGGGAACGGGCAGCAGCCCCGGAGACGGACCCUCAGUUAGCGGCUGCAGCAACGCCAAUUCCACUUCCGUAAAUCCCGGCACGGAGAGUCAUAUCGGUCUGGUCGCCAGCGGCAGCGCCGGGUCUAAUCUGUGUUACGGCGGCAACAACAGCAGAAAGUUUAUAGAUCCGAAAGGGAGUCGGAGCGGUCCGGGAGGAGCCGGGGCAGCAGGAGGAGCGACGGGGAGCUCUUGUCCACGUUCCCUCAGCCAGCCGGAGUGCCGGAGCUCCGCGGCGCUGUCGUGGGUCGCCCCGCCAUCUCACCCUCACUCUCGCCCGGUAACGAGCAUGGAGCCCCCCGCAGAGGGCUCGGUGCCCCAGCUGAUACCAGAGCACGCUGCUCCUCCCGGGUCUGAGGAGGCGGCGGCGGCGGCGGCGGGCACUGAGGAGAGCAACAACCACCUGGACACCGACUCCAGCUCGUGCAGGACGUCCAACAGCAGCGCCACACUGUCCUCCUGCGUUUCACUGGAGCCAUGUGCUUGUCCUGAGGAGUGUGUGUUCACUGCUUUGUCCCAUGCCGAUGUCACCUUCCGUAAGAUGGAGGGCUACCUGAGGACCCGGCAGCUGUGUGAUGUGACCCUGGUGGCCGGAGACCGGAGGAUACCUGCACACAGACUGGUACUAUCGUCCGUGUCCGACUACUUUGCGGCCAUGUUCACCAGCGAUGUGCGGGAGGCCAAGCAGGAUGAGGUGAAGAUGGAGGGGGUGGACCCUGAUGCACUGUGGGUGCUGGUGCAGUAUGCAUACACAGGUCGUCUGGAGUUGAGGGAGGACACUAUUGAGUCACUGCUGUCAGCUUCCUGUCUGCUGCAGCUGUCCUCAGUAGUUCAGGCCUGCUGUUCCUUUCUCAUGAAGCAGCUCCACCCCUCCAACUGUCUGGGCAUCCGAUCCUACGCCGACGCACAGGGCUGUAAUGACCUGCAGAGGGCUGCUCACGCCUACACCAUGGAACAUUUUCUGGAAGUGGUCGGAGGCCAGGAGUUCCUGCUGCUCCCGGUGGAGGAGAUGGAGAGGCUCCUCACUUCUGAUGACAUCAAUGUUCCUGAUGAGGAAACCGUGGUGACCGCCUUGCUGACGUGGGUCCGCCAUGACGAGGCUGCCCGGCAACCCCACCUUCCCUCACUGCUGGCUCACGUCCGGCUGCCUCUCCUGCAGCCACAGUUCCUGGCAGACCUGGAGUCCAACCCUCUGCUCCGGGACAGUGUGGAGUGCCAGCGGCUGCUGAUGGAGGGGAUGAAGUACCACCUGUUGCCUCAGCGACGGCCCCUGCUGCAGAGUCCCCGCACCCGGCCCCGCAAAGCCACCGUAGGGGCCCUUUUCGCUGUGGGGGGCAUGGACGCUACGAAAGGUGCUACCAGCAUUGAGCAGUACUGUCUGCGUCGGGACACGUGGAGGCAGGUCGCCACCAUGAGCGGUCGGAGACUGCAGUUUGGCGUAGCUGUUCUUGACGGCCGCCUCUAUGUGGUGGGGGGCCGAGACGGGCUCAAGACACUCAACACUGUGGAAUGUUACAACCCUCACAGCAAGACGUGGAGCGUCAUGCCGCCCAUGUCCACACACAGACACGGCUUGGGCGUAGCAGUCCUAGAGGGGCCCAUGUACGCAGUAGGAGGACAUGAUGGCUGGAGCUACCUCAGCACGGUGGAAAGGUGGGACCCCCAAGCUCGCCAGUGGAGCUUCAUUGCUAGCAUGGCUACGCCCAGGAGCACUGUGGGAGUGGCUGUACUGAAUGGGAAGCUGUAUGCAGUAGGAGGCCGUGAUGGCUCGUCCUGCCUGCGUUCAGUGGAGUGUUUCGACCCUCACACCAACAGGUGGAGCAGUUGCAGUCCCAUGGCUAAACGCCGCGGCGGGGUGGGCGUGGCCACGUGGAAUGGCUUCUUGUACGCCAUUGGAGGUCAUGAUGCUCCAGCCUCGUCACUGUCCUCUCGGCUAAGUGACUGUGUAGAGAGGUAUGACCCUCAGACAGAUGCGUGGACGGCGGUAGCUCCCAUGAGCAUCAGCAGAGAUGCGGUUGGUGUGUGUCUCCUUGGCGACCGUCUCUAUGCAGUGGGCGGUUAUGACGGCCAGGUGUACCUCAACACUGUAGAGGCUUAUGACCCUCAGACGAAUGAGUGGACACAGGUCGCACCUCUGUGUCUGGGCAGGGCGGGCGCGUGUGUGGUGGCCGUCAAACUAUGAAGACACUAAUUGCAACACUCGGUAGCGUACCUGACAUGGCGUGGAGGCCCGCUGCACAGUCACCUCUGACACGGUCGCCAUGGUUACUGUCCGAUGAGGUCGUUUCCCCUAGAAACACUUGAAAACACUUUUUUACUCAGUCAGAAAAGUCACAUUUUACUCUCUGUAAAAACGAACCACGGACUGAAAAGACUUAAGUUCAGGUGAGCGUUAAGUUUCUCAUACGGUUUAGAUGUGAUUCUGCCAGAAAUUAAGAGCGACUGAGUUUCAUGAGGAGGAAUCUGCAGUGUUUACCUGAGCAUGAAAGAACAGCUGUCUGGCAAGUCUUUUGCCUGUUAUUGUUUCGCUAGACGAGGUGUGACACACACACACACACAUACACACACACACACGGGUGCUUUCAGCUUCUAUUUUUGCUGACAGACGAGUGAGAGAAAGAGAGAGAGAGAGGGUGUCAAGGCUGUUGAGAUGCCUCAUCAUUUUACCCUCUCCCUUUUCCUAACAAUUUCAGAUAGCCUGCAUUGAUGCUAUUUUAAUAUAUUCACUAUUAUUUUAUGCUGCAGCUGAUAAGUGUGUCUUCUCUCUUCUGCUGUCGUCCUCCCUGACAGAAGAAAGGGAGACUUUUGACAUAAUCAGCGCAGCCUUGAGAACACUCACAACAAAUUGUAAGCUUCCUCAUUCAUCUGUUCACUCAGAAGCAUGUCAUUUCACAUUUAAAGCGUGCAUAGGAUACUGUGAUAUCACCCAGUUUACAUUUUUUGCUGUGUUUUUGUUUUUCUUCACAAUCUCCAGCAAGCAAGAAAGCCACCAUCUGUAAAAUGGAUAGAUGCUCCGUUUGCUUGUCUUUUCCUUUUUAACUUAGACAUUUUGGGAGACUCACAUAUUCCAAUCAAGCACUACUUUUGGGAGUUUACAGCCUCUGUAAUAAUUACAAUAAUACUGUGGUACAUUUUAUUGUUCCCAACAGGGAAAUUAUCUUUUCACUCUCCCUCAGAGCUCAGGGUCAGCUAUUAACAGGCUUGGAUUUAUACAGAGCUCAGUUUUCUUUUGUGCCAGCUUCCUUCUUUCUCUCUACUCUGGACCUAUCUCCAGUGUGUGAGAGUGUGUGUGUCGUGUGUGCACAUUUAUGUGUGUGUGUGUGUGUGUGUGUGUGUGUGUGUGUGUGUGUGCGUGUGCGUGUGUGUGUGAGUGAGAGAGUGUGCAGGGAUUGCGAGGAGUAUAUUUUUAUCUCAAAUGAGAAUCUUUUCCCCUUCCUCUCUCCACAUCUUCAAUUCCCUGCUGCUUUCUCUUCAUCCCCAUUUUCCCAUUUCACCCUCCACCCCCACCCCCCGUCUCUCUCUCUCUCUUACACACACACACACACAGACACACACACUCCAGUGCUCACACACACCAGUGCUUAGACACACACACCAUUACUUUAUAGAGCAAAAUUGGAUACGAGGACAAAAUGAGGAACAGAUCAUAUGAUGAGAUCAUGAAUUUAAUAACACAGUUCAGCCGGUGCCAACAUUUUGUUUGAUGUUGAGUUCAAAGGCCUUAAUGCAUUAUUAGAAUUUGAUGCGAAUGUGGACAGAGGAUCAAAGUUGAGGGGAAAAUGAAGUCCACUGCUAUCUGUGAAAUCACCUCAUGCAGACAUGCACGUGGGCUCGUCUGAGCCGAGUGCGCUCAGACACCACGAAACCUAAAACACAGCAAGAGGCAGGCUGCAGGAUCGAUACUGACACAUGACACACCCCUGUUAUGUUGCCUGCUUAACUGCGUGUUUCCCUCUUGCUUGUUUGGGUCUGCUCUCCUCGUCUGUGGGACUGUGUGUGUGUGUGUGUGUGUGUGUGUGUGUGUGUGUCUGUAUGUAUGUGUGUCUGUGUCUGUGUCUGUGUCUGUAUGUGUGUGUGUCUGUGUGUGUGUGUGUGUGUGUGUGUGUGUGUCUCUGGUGUACAAGAAGCAAACUCUCUGACAGUGAGAGGCAUGGCAGGCAUCCUGCCUCUACUGACAGAUCUAGAGCUAACAGAGCCCCCAGGAUGCACUUCACAAAUGUGCACUUCACACACGCACACACACACACACACACACACACACACACUUGGACAAAUACACACACACGCAUAUACUUCUGCACAAACACCCACACACACUUGGACAAAACACACACUUUAACACACAGCUGAAAGCCAAGUGCCCCAGGAGGCAGUGAAGAUUGAAAAGCCUCCCAAAUUUGUCGGUCGGACAUCUGAAAAGCAAAAACAAGCAGGCCAGUGAUUCCCCACCGCUGUGCUGUUUGUUUGAGGCUAAUGUGCCUCUGUUUUCUUCUCUUUCAAACCUGCCUGCUGUUGAAUUUUAAACUAAUUCUCUUUAGAUCAUAGCAAAAGAAGUGUGUCGCCUCCGCUGUGUCAACGCGUUCAGAGAAUUAGAUUUGGGUCAGAGGUAAAAAAACAACAACAAUAACAACAAAACCACAAAAAACAGGCAGCCUUUCCAUAUGAAACAGUAUAUUCAGUGUAUAUUGUGUGAAUAAAUAACCAUGAAAUAUGUAUGUAGUCUUAUUGCAUUAUACUGUAUAUUAUACAAUGCACAUCAAAUAUACCAUGUGUUAUUGUGUGUUGUUGCUUUUUUUGUAUCAUGAGCUAAGACGAAGAUGAGGAGUGAAGAAAUAACCCGGGAUGCCCUCGGUUAUUCUUCAUGCUACUCAUCUCCUCUUUUUGUACCUGCAGUGUUACACCUCCUCUUUACAUUAGAGCAGAUGUUAUGUAUGUAUAUGCUGCUGUAAUAUACUAUUACUGGCCUUUUUUACAUUAAAGU